GAACCAAAGACCAGAUCCACGGACAGUCGGAGCCAUUGCUCAAUUGUGUUCAGUUCGUUCGAAGAGGCGGUUACGCUUGCAAUUGGCCACCUUUUGUUGUUUGUUGUUUGUUGUUUGUACAUCUAGAGAAAAAGAAGUGGGCGACAGCGAAAUGAGCGGACAAUCAGCACUGAUGGCCAACCUGGCCGAUGUGGUCAAGGAGGCCAAGGAUGAGGAGAUAUCGAUGCCCAAAUCGAAUGACUUCUUUGAGUCGAAAACCUUCCGGCUGCUCACCUUGAUGCUCUACAUGGGCGGCGUGAGUGGCAUGGGCCUGACUUUGGCGGUCUACUACCUGUUCAUCUGGGACUCCCGCAUGCCGCCGCUGCCCGUGUUCAAGCACACGCAUCCAAUUGGCUAGGAUAGCAGUCAGUUAGCCCCAGUCAGGCAGUUAGUUAGCCAUCUCCCAGCGACAUCAGUGACCGGAAUUGGAUAAAAUUGUGAUACCCGAAAAAAUAGCCAUUCGCCUCCUGAACUCAUCGGAAGUGACCGCGGAGCAGUUCUACAAGCACAUCCUCGAGCAGUACCGCAUCCUCAG